GUGUGUAGGAGCAGCUGGAAAGAUAAGACAAGACAGAGGAAGAGACAAAGUAGUUGUCUGCAUAGAGGAGAGGAAAAAUCCCCUUCGGUUUCUGCUGAAAACUUUUCUGCCUGUGCUUGCCAGCAGUGUGUUGGUGGCACUGUAGCAUGUUUAGGAAAGCUGCUGUGCCCAUGGUCUCUAAUGGAAGCUACUUGCAGGGACAAGCUAAUGGCAAGUUGUCCUCUAUGGACAGCAAACAGCCAGCCCAGGAGGGAAAAGUUAUGCUGAAGAAGAAAGUGACACUUAUGAGGGGGAUAUCCAUCAUAAUUGGCACUAUCAUUGGAGCUGGCAUCUUCAUCUCUCCCAAAGGCAUCCUGAAGAACACAGGCAGCGUGGGCAUGUCCUUGACUGUGUGGACAGUAUGUGGUAUCCUCUCACUUUUUGGUGCCCUCUGCUAUGCUGAGCUAGGAACAUGCAUUAAGAAAUCCGGUGGUCACUACACCUAUAUCCUGGAGGCCUUUGGCCCGUUACCUGCAUUUGUGAGGGUCUGGGUUGAACUACUCAUCAUUCGCCCUGCUGCCACAGCAGUGAUAUCAUUGGCAUUUGGACGCUAUAUCUUGGAACCUUUCUUUAUGCAGUGUGAAAUCCCAGAACUUGCAGUUAAACUUAUUACAGCUGUCGGCAUCACACUGGUGAUGGUCCUGAAUAGCACAAGUGUCAGCUGGAGUGCCCGCAUUCAGAUGUUCCUUACCUUUUGUAAGCUUGUAGCAAUUCUGAUAAUUAUAGUCCCUGGAGUUAUCCAGCUAAUUAAAGGAGAAACACAGCACUUUAAAAAUGCCUUUGCAGGGAAUGAUGCCAGUAUUAUGGGAUUACCACUUGCUUUCUAUUCAGGAAUGUAUGCCUAUUCAGGCUGGUUUUACCUCAAUUUUGUUACCGAAGAAGUGGAAAACCCUGAAAAAAACAUACCCCUCGCAAUAUGCAUUUCAAUGAUUAUCGUCACAGUUGGCUAUGUGUUAACAAACGUGGCUUAUUUCACUACAAUCAGUGCUGGGGAAUUGCUGCUUUCAAAAGCUGUAGCAGUGACCUUUGCUGAACGACUAAUGGGAAACUUUUCUUUAGCUGUACCAGUGUUUGUUGCACUCUCCUGCUUUGGAUCUAUGAAUGGUGGCAUUUUUGCAGUCUCCAGGAUGUUCUUCGUUGCAUCCCGUGAGGGUCACCUUCCAGAAAUUCUCUCCAUGAUUCAUGUCCGCAAGCACACUCCUCUGCCAGCUGUCACUGUUUUGCAUCCUCUCACAAUGAUAAUGUUAUUCAACGGGGAUCUCUACAGCCUCUUGAAUUUCCUCAGCUUUGCCAGGUGGCUUUUUAUUGGACUAGUAGUUGCUGGGUUGAUUUAUCUCAGAUAUAAACGUCCUGAUAUGCCUCGUCCUUUCAAGGUUCCUCUGUUUAUUCCAGCAUUGUUUUCCUUCACUUGCCUCUUCAUGGUUGCGCUGUCACUUUACUCUGACCCAGUGAACACAGGGAUUGGAUUUGCAAUAACCCUGACUGGCAUUCCUGCCUACUACCUCUUUAUUGUAUGGGACAAUAAACCAAAGUGGUUCAGAAAGCUUCUAGGCAGGGUAACCAUAACAUUGCAAAUCCUCUUGGAAGUCAUCCCAGCAGAGGAAGAUCAGAAAUCAUGA